AUGAAGAUAUCCGCUCUUACAGCCUGCGCUGUUACUCUAGCUGGUCUUGCAAUUGCAGCACCAGCUCCAAAGCCUGAAGAUUGUACUACUACAGUGCAGAAACGUCACCAACACAAACGUGCUGUCGCAUACGAUUACGUUUAUGUCACAGUGACUAUCAAUGGCCAAGGUGAAACCAUUUCUCCAACUGUUGUGGCAGAACUUGAGACGGUUUCCACGCCUGCAACAAGCUCAUCCGCAGUUGCAACUUCUUCUGCUCCUGCAACCACUUCUUCAAUCCCAGAGACAACUUCUGCACAAGUGACCACCUCUUCUGUUGCAGAGUCCACUUCAGCGCAAUUCACUUCAUCUACCGAAGAAGCCUCUUCUUCUGUUGAGCAAACGACUCAAUCAAGUUCAAGUUCAAGUCCAAGUUCCAGUUCCAGUUCAAGUUCGAGCUCAGGCUCUAGUUCAGGAUCCAGUUCCGGUGGAAUCGAUGGAGACCUAAGCUGGUACUCAGGUCCUGGAAACAAAUUCCAGGAUGGUACUAUAAAGUGUUCCGAGUUCCCAUCCGGUAACGGUGUUGUUGCCUUGGACCAUCUCGGAUUCGGAGGAUGGUCAGGAUUAUACCACCCAUCUGAUACCUCUACUGGUGGGAUCUGUGAACCAGACACCUACUGCUCUUAUGCCUGCCAAUCAGGUAUGUCGAAGACACAAUGGCCAUCUGAACAACCGGACAAUGGUGUUUCCGUUGGUGGUCUGUAUUGUGAUUCUGAUGGAUACCUUUACCGUUCCAAGAAAGACACUGACUAUCUAUGUGAAUGGGGUAUUGAUGUCGCCUAUGUUGUCAGUGAAAUUGGUAAAACUGCUGCCAUCUGUAGAACCGACUAUCCAGGAACUGAAAACAUGGUUAUACCAACUGUUGUGAGUCCGGGUGGAGAACUCCCUCUGACAACAGUUGACCAAUCCUCUUACUAUACGUGGAGGGGAAUGAAGACUUCGGCCCAAUACUACGUGAACGAUGCUGGUGUUGACUGGACCACCGGUUGUACCUGGGGAGACUAUGGAACCGACUACGGUAACUGGGCGCCAUUGAACUUUGGUGCCGGUUACGACAACGGCAUUUCAUACCUUUCUUUAAUCCCUAACCCUAACAACAAGGACUCCUUGAACUAUAAUGUCAAGAUUGUUGCUUAUGAUGAUUCUUCUGUCGUUAUCGGCGAGUGCAAGUAUGAAAAUGGUUCAUACAAUGGAAACGGUUCCGACGGUUGUACCGUUGCUGUCAACAGCGGUAAGGCCAAGUUUGUGUUGUAUUAA